GCGCUGUCGUUGAACAAGUUUUGGAGAUCCUCGGCGCUAUAUGUUUUCGUAUGCCAGAUGCAUGAUGUAAACAAAUGAAAUUUCCCUGCAAUUAUUAUAUUAUAUGCAGACCCGGAUGAAGAUAGUCUGAUUAAUGGCUGGAAGAGGGCGUGGUAGAGGUCGUGGGGCGCUGGCAGUUGCCGCAGAGGCUUUGGGUAUAGGAAGGGGUGAUUUGCCCCCUCCAACGCUUCAGCCCCCGCCCUUAUUUCCACCUCUACAAUUCAAACCAGUUCCGCUGUUGAGUGGUGAAGAUCAUGACUAUAUGCUAGCGUUGAAACAAGAAUACAGAGGCACAAUGAAGGAUUCGCCACAUUACAUUAAAGCAGAUUCCAAGAAAAAAGAUAUUGAACGUUAUUCGGAUAAAUAUCAGAUGAAUCGGAAUUCUGACAGUAUCAUUGGUUUCCAGCCAGACUGGGAACGUUUGCCGCAAGAGCUGAAAAUACGAGUGAGAAGGUUACACAAAUCAAGAGCGGCUGUGAAUCCAACUCUUCCAAUAAGCAGGAAGACAAAGGCCCUAUCGCAUGAAGAAAUAGAAAAGAAACUACAGAACUUGGAACACAAAGAAGAGUCACAAACUGUUGAAGAAAAUGAAGAAGAAAAAGAAGGGGAGGAAGAAGAAGAAGAAUACUAUGAUGAGAUAGAUGAAGAAGAGGGAACUGAUUAUAAUGCAACUUACUUCGAUAAUGGUGAAGAUUUUGGCCUUGAUGAGGAUGAUGCGUUGGAUGAUGGACCAGUUUACUGAUGUAGUAUUCACCGCAAAUAUACGCAUUGGUGGAUUCUGUGCAGUGUCGCUGAAAUAUUCUCAACACUGUCAGGAGAAAUUGCAACCUAUAUGAUUUGUGACAAGAUUUGUUAAUGAUUACAGGGUGCAAAUUUGUAAACUAUCAAACUGCAGUUGGGUAGAUUUUUUUCUACUGAAAAGUCCUUAGGGUUAAGUAUUAAAUACAUGGGAAAAAUCCAGUUUUCAUAAAUAAUAGAAAAAGUAGGUCAUUUGUAGAAAAGAUUAGUUUUUUUGUUGAUGAACAUUUCAUUACAAUUGUCUGGUUUUUUUUAUGGACUUGCAUCUCUGUUGGUUUAUCAUAGAUGUAGAGAUGCGGUCAGAUAACGUUAUCGCUUGUGAUGCUUUUGAACUCAACAAAAGUGAUCUUCGCUCUCGUUGACGGGCUCCACCAUGCAAGGCGUAGUGUUAGUUCUAUUUCUAAAAUUAACCAGACAGUGUCCUGAGCUUUAUCUUUUAUAGCAGUUACAAUAAUUUUAGUGGUGUCUGAAAUGUCAUAGAAUGUGGUCAACAUUGGCAUUUUACACUGUUUUUUUAUAGAGAAAUUGAAAAAUUUCCUCAAAUUUUGCUUGAUAACAUGAGAUUAAAAAUCCUAUCCUAAUACUGUAUUCAUUCUAUUAGAAGUGUAUCUCCAAUAGAAGUGCAUAUAAACCAAAUACAAGUUGUUGUAUCGUGAAUAAUAAUAUUACUUAUUUUGACCAUAGAAACACCUGCAGUUUACAAACACAAGCUACUAGUAGAGCAAAUAUCGUUACAACAUUUCAUGGAAUUUACAUAAAAUUCUGGCCGUUUUUAGGAUGAUUAUAGUUGUCAAUUAUAUACAAUGGAAAGAUCUCUCCCAUAAUGCACUGCAUAUAUGUGCAGUACCAUAUUAAGUAGUGUUAAAUUUGAUUGGUACACAAUGAAAAAUUAGAAGCCUUGCCUAGUAUUGGCUUUUUGUUUGUGCUAACACAGUACUUGGGUGAAUGUUGUCUGAUCUGUUUGAAACAUUACUAUGUGCCGUAAUUUUGUGGGACGAACAUUCUGUUAACAGUAU